CCAGCCAGUCACGUGACUUUGUUUAUAUUCUCACACGACGGAGCACUGCAUGUGAAAGAGAGGGAAAGCCCUUCCGUCUUCAUGUGAGUUUGUCCUCCGUACCAGGGUGAUACAGAUGUCCGCUCCUCCUCCUGAAGAUUUGGUCCAACAGUGGGAGAGCGAGCAGGCCCGUCUUAGACAGCAGGUGGUGGAGGAGGACACUGAGGACUGGCAGACGAGUCCAGACUUCUCGGGCCUGGAGAGAGUCGGAGGAGUGGACCUGUCCUUCAUCAAAGGGGACGAUAUCAACGCCUGCGCCCAGCUCGUGGUACUCAGCUACCCAGACCUGGAGGUGCUGUAUGAGGACAGUCAGAUGGUGACCCUGACUGCCCCCUACAUACCUGGCUUCCUGGCCUUCAGAGAAACCCCCUUCCUCCUGGAGGCUCUGCAGCGGCUGGAGAGGAACCAGCCCAACCUUCUGCCUCAGGUGGUGUUUGUCGAUGGGAAUGGUCUCUUCCACUACAGAGAGUUCGGCCUGGCGUGUCAUCUCGGAGUGCUGUCCGGGCUGCCGUGUGUGGGCGUGGCCAAGAACCUGCUGCAGGUGCAGGGCGUGUACAAGAGUGAAGAGCACCAGUCACAGAUAGCUGCUCUGCAGAAAGGAGGAGACAGCUUCCCGCUCGCAGCCGCCUCAGGCAAAGUGCUUGGAAAGGCAUUGCGAAGCUCCGACAAGAGCUCUAAGCCGGUGUACGUGUCCGUCGGCCACAAGAUCAGUAUGGACACAGCUGUACGCCUCACACACUCCUGCUGCCGCUACCGGGUCCCAGAGCCCAUCAGACAGGCCGACUGUCGCUCCAGAGAAUACCUUCGCACACACUUCCCAGCUGCUGACACAUGAAACAAGGAAUGAGGUUGCAGAUGCAGCGAAGGAUCUCAACAUUUUGAAAUUUGACAUUUUGAAGACCAGCAACUACAGAAGACCACUAAAAAGUGUGUGUGUGUGUGUGUGUGUGUGUGUGUGUGUGUGUGUGUGUGUGUGUGUGUAAGUACAGCUGUCUUAGUCUGGGCCAAGACACAAGUCGCAUUAACUGUAUCUUUUUAUGCAGUCGCUCCAUAUUUAAACUGGAUAUGGGUCAGAUUGGCUCUUUUUAUACACUGUUCUCAUUACAUUUUUGGGUCACUCAGCUUUUUACACUAGGAGCCUCGUAAAUAAAUUAUAUAAAAAAUAUAAAAAAUGUCCCUGA